AUGUCAAGAAAUAUAGAACGUUUGUACAGAGAAGGAAAAUGUCGAGACUGUAAAGUUCUUGUUACUCGAAUGGACUUUGCUAAAAUUCUUGGUAAAUUCACCAAAGUCAAAAUUCAAUACGAAAGUAAUACGUCACCUAAGGCGAAAAAGGCUGUGGAGUCUAACGCAUCUAAUUCAAAUUCUAGACUAAAAUGCAACGAAAAUGGAAUGGUUCUUGUACGUAGAAAUACUUAUAAGCAACACCCUGCAAAAGUGUUACAAACCCCAAAAGCUUUAAAAAUCCCAACAGAUGUACAAGCCACAAAAUCCUUACAAAUAACAAAAGCUAUGCAAACUCCAAAAACUGUACAUGCCCUAAAAGCUGCACAGACUGCAAAAACUAUACAGACCCCAAAAGUGGCACAAACCCCAAAAGCUUUACAGUCACCUAAAGCUGCACAGGCUUCAAAAGCUGAAACCCCAAAGGCUGCACAGACCCCUAAAGCAGCACAGACCCCUAAAGCAGCACAGACCCCUAAAGCAGCACAGACCCCUAAAGCAGCACAGACCCCUAAAGCAGCACAAACCCCUAAGGCAGCACAAAUCCCUAAAGCAGCACAGACCCCUAAAGCAGCACAUAACUCAAAAGCUGCACUCAUCCAAAAAGCUGUUCAAAAUUUAAAAAGUAUACAAAUCCCAAAAAAAACUAAGAGUAACAAGGAACUAACAGGAGAUGGGCUUGAGGUGAAGUUUAAUCAAACUGUGAAAGUGAAGAAUGACUUGCUUAAACAGACAAAUAACAUACUUAAAGAAAAUAAUUGUCUGAAAAAGGAUCAAUUAUUAGUAAAAGAAAUAAAUUAUGAUAAAGGUGAGAAAACAUUGAAUUCUAAUUUAAAACAGUACGGCAUUGUAUUCACAAUGCCUAACGUAACAAAUAAUAACAAUCAUGAAUUAAAAACUAAAAUAUCUUUAAUUGAUCUCUUGCCUAACAUAAAUAAGAGCAUUUUACCCUCUGAAGAAUGGUGUAUUGAUUAUUUUCCAAAAAAUGAAGAACCCAAAGAUGAUAAAGUUUAUGACCGCAUAGCAGCUGAAUUGGAAGACUUAAUGUACAAUGAAAAACCUAUUGAGAAACCAAAAUCUGAUGUGCUUGAAUCUAAGGUUGAAGAGUUUCCUUCAAUUAUGGACAUCCUAAAUGAUAAUACUUCAGAAAAUACUCCUAAAGAAAAUGAACUCAGUAGUUCAGAACAAUUCAAAGGUAAUUUAGAAUCAAGUGAUGUCGAAGCAAUGCUUCUUGGGAAGUCAAAAUUGGAAAAUAAAGAUGCUGAGCCAACACCCAUGGAAGUUGACAGUACAGAUGUAAGUAAGUUAAUUGAAGAUAUGGAUCAAUUAAAUAAUAUACCUGAGAGUAAAUCUAAAGUUUUAAACGAUGAAGCGCCCACAAAAUCUGAAGAAGCAAAUACUGCAGAAGAGGUGGAUAACCCACACAGCCCUUCCAUACUUGAUGAGGCGCUGCAGAAAGGAAUUGAAGAACACUUACCAAAUGAAAAUCUACAAAAGGAUGACAAGCCUGUGAAUAACAAUGUUGCUGAAUGUAAAGGUAAUGAAAACAAUGAGACUAUUUCCGAUAAUAAUGUAGAACAAGUUAAAACAGAUGUGAAUCAUACUGAAGAAGUUCCCGUAUCUAAAACUGAUCUAACUGAUAAUAGUAUCUCCAUUUUUAACUGUGUAAGUGUAACUCAUGUUAUAUUCAAAAAAAUGAUAAAUAAUAAAUGUUGUAAGUCUGUAAAAUGCCCAAAAAACUUAAAGUAUAGUAUUGAGUUAGAAGGAAAAUCAGUUGAGUUUAUAGGUGCACCGAAGUACAUUUCAAAUCUAGAAGAUUUACAAGUGUUAUUACAGAUCGUAAAUGAAAUAGUCUCACUUCCUGCUCCGGCACUUCAGUACACCGGCACGUCCGGUAGUUCGGCACCCUACUCCACCGCUAACUCCACCCGCGCCUGUCUCUUCCGCCGCUCCCUGUCUGAAUAG